AUGAGUGUGGAGCACGGCAAGACGCAAGUGGACGGUCCGACCGGGAAGCAGCACAUGAAAGAAGGUGCGGUGCCACGGUUUUUGAGGGCUCGUUCGGUGCCGUUCGCGCUUCGCAAAGCUGUGUCCGCUGAAAUUGACCGCCUCGUUGAGCAAGGCGUUUUGUCACCAGUGAGUGUUUUCGAGUGGGCUGCGCCUGUUGUACCAGUGGUGAAGAAGAAUGGGGACCUCAGGCUGGGCGGAGAUUUUAAACUCACCGGGAAUCCCGCCACUCACCUGGAGCAGUACCUUUUGCCAAAGCUCCCGCAUGACGAAGAGGCUAAAAAUAUAACCGUUAUCAACACGCACCAGGGCUUAUACUCGUACAACAGAUUAGUUUUCGGCAUCUCGUCUGCUCCCGCACUGUUCCAGCGGCGCAUUGAGUCGUUAUUGCGGGGCUUACGAAGAGUGCGUGUAUACUUGGACGACAUUAUAAUCGCCGUAAAACAACAUGACACGUCGACGCUUCGACAAGUGUUGCAGAAACUGCGGGACAGUGGCAUCCAGCUGAACAAAGCCAAAUGUCGGUUCCGAGAGAAAGAAGUGCAGUUUCUGGGGCACAAGAUUGACGCAUGCGGCCUUCACCCGCUGCCUGACAACCUCGAAGUCAUAACAGCUGCACCAAAACCAGAUGCCCUUCCAUCUAAACAAAUGAUUGCUCUGACCCAGGAGGACGGCACACUUCGGCAAGUCCGGGAAUGGGUCGAGCGUGGCUGGCCAUCACAUCUUGCCAAGGAGCAGCAGCAUAUGCUUCCGUACUUCACCCGCACAUCGACGCCUCUCGAGAGUGGUAAACCACCCGCACAACUGCUCAUUGGGUUCCCGCCCCGGACGAGGCUCUCUGCCCACUUCCCAGAAGGCGAGGUACCUGCAGAGGCUGACGCGAUCCAGGAACCGUUUCCGUCGGCCAAUACACAACCAUUGUUCCCACCUGGAAAGCGCACCUGGUCCCGCAAAUUUCAGCGAGGGCGAAAAUGGCUACCAGGGACUGUGAUAGCGACGGAGGGGAAUCGCAUGGUAAGGCUGGAGACGCCCCAGGGAAUACAGCGCCGUCAUACGGAUCAGUUGCGUACACGGCUAGCGGAAGCGACAAAGACAAGGGAGAAUGCAACAACGCUCGGCCGCAGUUCAGCGGAAACACAGCCGCCCGCGGAGACUCGAGAAGCAAGGGCAACGGCGCCCUACAGUCCAGCGACUCCCCAGCCGGCCACAGAGACUCGACAAACGAGUGCAUCGGAAGCAAUGCAACUGCGCCGCUCAACACGAUCAAGACGCCCACCAGAGCGACUGGGCUUUUGAAGGGGGAAGAGAAGCAGCGUCGUCGAUAAAGCACACUUGUGCGCCCGAGUUCCUUAUC